GAGAACAGCUGACCCGGCGUGUUCAGUAAGCGACUGCUGCUGGUGCUCGCGUGUGGUUUUCCUAUCCGAUCUACAGAUCCGAUCUAAAAGAAGUGCGAUUCUCUUGUCCUCGUGGUCGAUGAAGAGCCACGUCCGAGUCUGAGUUUACGAAAAAAAAACAACGAAAGUAAAAAAUCCGAACCAACCAUGGCGUACUGUAUGAGAGUUUUGCAUCGCCAAGGUGGCAAACUUCCCGAAGUCCUUCAGGAGGUUCAAUCAAGAUGUUUCCAUUUCUCGCCUUUGACGGCCGCCGCCGCGAAGGUUGCAAUGAGCAAGUUCGAUUCCCAGAGCUAUCUGCCCUACGAGAAGCUGUCCACGAAUUUGGAAGUGGUGAAGAAGCGUCUGAACAGACCACUGACCCUCUCCGAGAAGGUCCUCUACUCCCAUUUGGAUGACCCCAAUAACCAAGACAUUGAAAGGGGAACAUCUUACCUUCGUUUGAGGCCCGAUCGCGUCGCCAUGCAGGAUGCUACAGCUCAAAUGGCUAUGCUGCAGUUCAUCUCCAGUGGAUUGAAGAGGGUUGCCGUGCCGAGCACCAUCCAUUGCGAUCACUUGAUCGAAGCACAGGUUGGCGGAGAGAAGGAUUUGGCCAGGGCCAAGGACCUGAACAAAGAGGUCUAUCAGUUCUUGAGCACCGCCGGCGCCAAGUACGGAGUCGGUUUCUGGAAGCCAGGUUCCGGUAUCAUCCAUCAGAUUCUUCUGGAGAACUACGCCUUCCCCGGUCUUCUGAUGAUCGGCACAGACUCUCACACCCCGAACGGCGGAGGUCUCGGUGGUCUCUGCAUCGGAGUCGGUGGCGCCGACGCUGUCGACGUGAUGGCCAGCAUCCCCUGGGAACUGAAAUGCCCGAACGUGAUCGGCGUUAAGCUUACCGGAAAGUUGUCCGGCUGGACAUCGCCCAAGGACAUCAUCCUGAAGGUUGCCGAUAUCUUGACCGUCAAGGGAGGCACCGGCGCCAUCGUCGAGUACUACGGCUCCGGCGUCGACUCCAUCUCUUGCACCGGCAUGGCCACCAUCUGCAACAUGGGAGCCGAAAUCGGAGCCACCACCUCGGUGUUCCCAUACAACGGACGCAUGCAUCAAUACCUGAAGGCCACGAACCGCGGUGACAUCGCCACAGAAGCCGACAAGUUCGGAAAGAAACUGUUGACCGCCGACGAGGGCUGCAAGUACGACCAGGUGAUCGAAAUCAAUCUGGACACGCUCGAACCACACGUAAACGGUCCGUUCACCCCGGAUCUUGCUAACCCAAUCAGCAAGCUGGGAGAGAGCGCGAGGAAGGCCAACUGGCCGAUGGACAUCCGCGUCGGUCUCAUCGGUUCCUGCACCAACAGCUCGUACGAAGAUAUGGGCAGGUGCGCCAGCAUCAUCAAGGAGGCCCAGAGCCACGGACUCAAGUUCAAGGUUCCGUUCAACGUGACCCCCGGAUCCGAGCAGAUCCGUGCGACCAUCGAACGCGACGGAAUCGCCAAGACGAUGAGGGAGUCCGGUGCAACCGUGCUCGCGAACGCAUGCGGUCCGUGCAUCGGUCAAUGGGACAGGCAAGACGUUAAGAAGGGCGAGAAGAACACCAUCGUCACCUCGUACAACAGGAACUUCACCGGCAGGAACGACGCCAAUCCGGCCACCCAUUGCUUCGUCACCUCUCCGGAGAUGGUCACAGCAUUGAGCAUCGCCGGUACCCUGGACUUUGAUCCCACCAAGCAAGAACUCACAGGAUCCGAUGGCAAGAAAUUCAAGCUGUCCUCACCAUUCGCCGAUGAGUUGCCGUCCAAGGGCUUCGAUCCUGGUAUGGACACCUUCGACGCACCACCAGCUGACGGCAGCAACGUCAAGAUCGACGUCAGCCCGUCCAGCCAGCGUCUGCAGCUCCUCGACCCCUUCGACAAGUGGAGCGGCAAGGACCUCUCCGACAUGACCGUCCUCAUCAAGGUCAAAGGAAAGUGCACCACCGAUCACAUCUCCGCCGCCGGCCCGUGGCUCAAGUACCGCGGUCAUCUGGACAACAUCUCCAACAACAUGUUCAUCGGCGCCGUCAACGCUGAGAACGGCGAGAUGAACAAGAUCAAGAAUCAACUGACCGGUGAAUGGGGUGGCGUUCCGGACGUCGCUCGUCACUACAAAGCAAACAAGGUGCAGUGGGUCGCCGUCGGCGACGAGAACUACGGCGAGGGAAGCUCCAGGGAGCACGCCGCCCUCGAACCCAGACAUCUCGGUGGCAGGGCCAUCAUCGUCAAGUCGUUCGCCCGCAUCCACGAGACCAAUCUGAAGAAGCAGGGUAUGCUUCCGCUCACCUUCGCCAACGCCUCCGACUACGACAAGAUUCAACCGACCGACAAGAUCAGUCUGGUCAACCUGGCCAGCCUCAAGCCCGGUCAGCAAGUCGACUGCGAAGUCAAGCACGCCGACGGCAAGGUCGACAAGAUCAAGCUCAACCAUACUUUGAACGAUCUGCAGAUCACCUGGUUCAAGGCCGGCAGUGCCCUCAACAGGAUGAAGGAGAUCGCCCAGUAGACGUCGCCCUAACGCCGCCGUCGCAGCAUCAACAACCACCCUGAAAAAAAAAACAUCAAAAUUACACAUACACCUGUUUUCGUUUAUAUUAUU